AUGGGAAAGGAAGAGACGAAAUCUAGCUCUUCUAAUUUACUAAAGAAGUUGGAGAAAUAUCUAUCAAUGAAGAAAGUAAGUGGAGCAAUGUUGUCCAAGAGCAAAUCAUGGCAUGGGAGAAACAGUACAAUAGCUCCAGAAGGGUGCUUUUGGGUUUAUGUUGGGCCAGAGAAAGAGAGGUUUGUCAUAAAGACAAAGUAUGCAAGUCAUCCAUUGUUCAAGAUGUUGCUUGAAGAUGCUCAAAAGGAGUACGGUUAUAGUUAUAGCCAAGGCCCAAUUUUGUUACCUUGUGAUGUUGAUCUCUUCUAUAACGUGUUGGCUGAAAUGGGCAGUAGCAAAGAGAUUGAUGAUUCAAUUUGUGGAUCAUGCAGUCCAUUAUUUAGUCCUGGUAGGCGUUUGGGUAAUAGCCAAAUGGCUAGAGGUUAUGGUUCUUUUACGGUUCUUACCCCACCGCCAAGAUUGUUCAAGCGCCUCAACUCUUUCAAUAGUGGGUAA